UCAAGUGUAGUCAUGUCGCAAGUGGCCGUGGUGACCGGUUCGAAUAAAGGCAUCGGCUUUGGCAUUGUCAAGGCUUUGUGUCAGAGAUUCGACGGAGUGGUGUACUUGACAUCGCGAGAUGAGACGAGAGGAAAGGAGGCUGUCGCUAAAUUGAACGAACUAGGACUGAAACCAGAAUACCAUCAACUUGACGUAGGUGACAGAAGCAGCGUGGAGAAGUUCAGAGAUUAUAUCAAGGCAAAGUAUGGAGGACUCGAUAUACUCAUUAACAAUGCAGCGGUAUACAUGUCCAAAACUUACGAGGACAUCAUAAGUACUAUAAGUAUUAAUUAUAAAAGUAUUUUAACUUUGAAAGAAAUCAUUUAUCCGUUGGUUAGGAAUAACGGCAGGAUCAUAAAUAUUUCGAGCGACUGUGGUCAUCUAUCGAAUUUAAGGAACGAAUAUUGGUUAAGAAGGUUAUCUAAACAGGAUUUUUCGGAAGCUGACGUUAAUGAAUUCGUCAAUUGGUAUGUCGAGUCACAAAAGAAUAAUACAUAUAAUCCUGACGAUUUCGCCGAUGGAGGAACUAUUCCAACAUAUAGAGUUUCGAAAAUAGCUCUCAGUGCUGUAACUAUGGUACACCAGCGAGAGUUUGAGUCCAAGAACAUAUCUAUCAACUCAAUGCACCCUGGACUGGUACGCACUGAUUUGACUUCCGGAGCGGGCUUCUUCAGCAUAGAGGAGGCAGCUGAGACGCUGGUCUAUCUCGCUCUAGAUGCUCCACAGUCACUGAAAGGUGCUUAUGUAUGGUUUGACAAGAAAGUAUUAGACUGGUACGAUUACAAAGCUGAUUAUUACUUCAAAUUAAAGACGGCCUUAUCAUAAAAUUUGUGUUUCCUUUAUUAACAGGAUUUACAACAUCCGCUGAUUAAAGAUAACCUAAAUCUCCUUAUCCUUUCCUUUAUUUGAUUUUAUUUUAUCUUAUCCGUUCUAUAUUAGUUAAAACAAGUAAUAUCGGCUUUGAUUCUUCAUAAUAAUAUAUUGCAAAUCCAAAUAAAUAUAAAUGAGCAGGCCAUAUUGCAAUAUUUUAAUUAAAU